GCUUUGGCUUUGAUGGAAACGGCGACCCUCCCAACAUGGCUAUCACUAAGGCACGUCGUUUAGCUGGCCUGCUACAGUGCGUCAAUGUUAUUUUUCUCUUCAUAUCUGCGUGCACAGCCACCAAACUGACCUUUACCAUAUGAAGUCCCGCCUUCAGUUGAAACUUUCGCGGCGUCCGCAACGAUACGUUCGUUUUUAUCUCAUCCCGAGCCAGGCGGGCGGACAUUUCCGCUUUGUCGCUUUUCAACUGAAGUCCACGUUUUAACGCUUCUUACGGGUACGCAAAACGAGCAAUCGUUAAAGUGACGUAGAAGAUUUGACUUUUUUGACCCAGUUGAAUUUGAGGAAGUCUAAACCGAGAGUCACCCAGUCAGGGUUGUUUUGAAAAAUAGGGUAAAAAAAAUUAUUGUUACAAAAUAAUAAGAUAACAACACCUUAUACCUUGAGCCGAAUUGUGAUAUUGAAGUCCAUUGUUGACAUAACUCAUAGACGUAACUCACGGCUAAAAGUCGCGUUUAUAUUGUACUGGCUAUGGGUAUCAUUCGGUGAAAUAUCAAGAACGAACUGGUAUCAUGUAUUUGUCUCAGUACUGUGUUUUAUCACUUGUUAGCAUGUCCGGACGUAUUCGACGUACACAUACAUGAAGCCGAUAAGACAACUCGGCCACAUCACUAGACUUUGCUUACUGUCAAGUGUAGUAAAGCGUCUUUAAUGGAGAAAAGCAGCGAGGAAGAGAACGCCAAUGAUGAAGAUGGAGAUAAAGCUGAUGGUUGCAGAUUGGAAGAUGAGCAUUGUGCAGUGACACCUACAUGCAGAGGGGAAGAAGUAGAUUCUUCUCAAAUUUUGGGGAAGGACUGGGAACUUGUGGACAAUGGGCAGCUGGAAUCAGAGAGGGCAGUCGGAGUGCAGAGACAUAGUGAUGAGAGUGAUGCUGUCUCUGUGUCACCCUCCUGCUUCAUGGAUAACUGCAGUCGUUCCAUAUCCAGCCUUUUGUCCUCAAGCACUGCUUUUUCGUCCUCCUCCUCCUGUGUGUUGUGUCUCACACCACCCCUACCUCCCUCUGUGGAGCUCUCAGCUGUGUUGACUGAUACCAGGUUGACCCUGGAUGUCUACUUGGGGGGAGCAUCUGCACUGUCACUGCUAUGGAGUUCCAUUCCAGGGCGCCUCAGGGGGCUCCGGUACCUCAGACUUGGUUCUGAGGAUAAACAUGCAUUGGAUGCUGCACUGGGUGUCCUCCCAUAUUUGACAGAACUACGCUCGCUUGCCAUACGAGGGCACUGUUUUUAUGACGCACAAGGAACCCCGCUGCCUGGCCUCCUCACCACUUUGCCCACAUCCCUUGUCUCCCUCUCUCUUCUGGUGCACGUGGAUCUCUCCUUCAACCAGCUCUCCGUCCUUCCAUUGUGUCUUCUCAACUUACCUGGAUUGUCCGCCUUGCUGCUGUGUCAUAACUGCUUCUCAGAGCUGUCCCCUGAUAUAGGCCAGCUGUCCAGCCUCAACUAUCUCUCCCUCAUUGGAAACAAGCUGGUUUCCCUCCCAGCGAGUUUAGGCCAGCUAAAAGAACUACAGACACUGGAUGUUUCAGGUAACCACCUUGAGGAGCUGCCGAAUGAAAUUGGUUACCUGGGAGAGCUUGUUAAGCUCGAACUGUCCCAAAACAAGCUGAAGAGGCUACCAGAAACCCUGGGCUCUCUCCAUUCCCUGAGGGAGCUCCUCAUCUUCAGCAAUGACCUCCGCUUCAUACCACCUUGUCUGAAUGAACUGCCUCUGCUGAAAAUAGAUGUUCGUGACAAUCCUCUGGGGCAACUGCCAACUCUUCCACCUCUUCCCCCUGCACCUGAUGAAGCACUACCUAAUAUUCCUGAGUUGCAUCUGCUAUUCAAUCAGCACAGUUUUAGUGUUACGUCUGCUGGAUGUCAUGUGUUUCUGCCAGGGGGGGCGCAGCUGCUGUUCCCCCCGGGGUGCCUGUCUACACUGACAACUCUGGAGUGGGCCGAGAGGAGACCACAGCGAAAGUUUGUGUUGCUCGAGGAGCAUGAUAUUCUCCUCAGCCGUCCACUGGAACUUCGUCCUCAUGGGAUUAGAUUUCUUAAGCCAGUAGAAGUAUGUAUAGCACAUCACCGCAAAAAAUGGAAGGAGGUGGUGGUACGGAAGUAUGAUGGAAACUCGUGGAGGACUUUGCCUACUUCUCUCAGGAAAGGAUGUGAGAGACACACCAUUUCCUCCUUGGGGCGUCCAGCCAGGCUGGCCUGCUGUUCUGUGAGCCAGUUCUCCUGGUUUAUUUUGGUGGCUCGUCCAGUGAGAGACAGCUGCUCAGUUUCACCAGCGGGAGCCUUUUUAGUGUCCAGCACUGACCCUGGAGUCAAGCUUCACUUCCCUCCAGACUCCACCAAUCAAACCCGCACUAUAACUUUACAGGUGCUGCAGGUGUCUGUGUCAGAGGUACAGGCACUAUGCGGUGAUCCACAGGCAAGUGUCAGCCCUCUCCUCUGCCUCUCACAAACUCCAAGUUUGCAUUUUCUUCAGCCAAUCAAAGUUCAGGUUCCACUGCCACCAGGGGUAACAGGUCACACAGUUGAUAAGUCAUGUUUGUAUCUGCUCCAUGGAGACCCCACUGCCCAAACCUGGACAGACAUCACAUCACAAGUGUCUCUCUAUGUCACCCAUUUGUAUGCCAUUUUCUAUAUUACACAUUUCUCCUGGUACUGGCUGUGGUACAGGACUCAGAGUUGUGUUAGUGGCAUGGUAAGAAAGGUCUACCAAAGGCUAAAGCAGUUUAAAGUCCAAUUCAUGGUCCUCCAGCGGAAAACGGAUCCUUCACAAGUCCUGCUGCAGUGUUUACCAGCUAACAAGGCGGAAGACAGAGUACUGUCACUGUCAGAACAGUAUGAUGGACCACAGCCUUCAGACCUGUGUGACCUUUUGGAAGGAGAGCAGUUCUUUGCCGGCUUUGAGAGAGGCUUAGAAAUCUGCACAGACAGACCAGACUGUGUUGGGGGAAGACUGUGUUUUGUGUUUUACUCCAGCCUGAAGAAUCUGAAGGAGGUUUACAUCUCUCCUGCGAAGGGCCUCCGGUGUCCAGUGAGGGGCGAAGUCUCGUUUUACAGAGGGGAGAUUCCCAGUGGUUUGCCAGAGGAAGUAGUGAGGAAGAGGAAAGGACAUGACAGUCAAUGGCUUGCCACUUUACCGCUAAGACUUCCUGCGCUAGAUGCUGAUAACAAAUACAUAAUGGAAGAGCUCCAGCUUCCUCCUCUGAACCUCGGAGAUCCUGAGAGCGGCUACCUGACAGAAGCUAAUCUGCUGUCCAUCUCCCUCCAGAUUGGACAGGAUUGGCGCAUUAUUGGGAUCAAUCUCGGUUUAAGCUACCAGGAGUUAGACCGCAUCCAAUACAAAUACAGGGACAAUCUUGGAGCUCUGGUACUGGACAUGCUCUUCCACUGGGCCAGAGGACAGAAGAGCGCCGGGCCUGGGGCGGUGGCUCGAUUGAUGGCAGCCAUGAUUGAGAGUGGCAGGAGGGAUCUUGCAGAUGAGCUUGAAGACAUAGUCAGUCUGGGAAAGCAAAAAUACACUGAGUCAUUGAGGAGAGUGGGUCUGGAGGCCGAGGAGCAGCCCCUCUGUGAAGGCCAACAGUAGAGAAGUUCUCACUGCGUACAGCUGCACGGACAGGACGACUGGGUGCAAUCGAAGGAAAGAUGAAUGCGGCCAAGUAUAUCCUGGACGAAAACCUUCUCCAGAGUGCUCAGGACGUCAGAACUGGGCCAAAGGUUCACCUUCCAACAAGACAAUGACCCUAAGCACACAGCUAAAAUAACGAAGGAGUGGAUUCAGAACAACUCCGUGACUGUUCUUGAAUGGCCCAGCCAGAGCCCUGACUUAAACCCAAUUGAGCAUCUCUGGAGAGACUUGAAAAUGGCUGUCCACCAACAUUCACUAUCCAACCUGACAGAACUGGAGAGGAUCUGCAAUGAGGAAUGGCAGAGGAUCUCCAAAUCCAGGUGUGAAAAACCUGUUGCAUCAUUCCCAAAAAGACUCAUGGCUGUAUUAACUCAUAAGGGUGCUUCUACUAAAUACUGAGCAAAGGGUCUGAAUAUUUAUGUCUGUGUGAUAUUUCAGUUUUUCUUUUUUAAUAAAUCUGCAGAAAUUU